GACACCGGCACUUUACGGCAGUAACGACCAGCGAAGAGGCAAGGAGAAACGGCACCGAGACGUGUGCUGUGAAAUCUCUCACAGGUGAACGCUGCUACCUGGUGGACUACAGCAACGGUCUAGCGAUUCCGCUUUAGAGACAUUGCAUUUGCUGUACGGUUUUCCCUGAAUGACGUGGGAUGGCUGAGGUGCCGCCUGGGCCUAGCGCACUGCCUGCAUCCCCGGCCGAAAUUAUCCCCUUCCCCGGGGGUGUAUGCACUGUCCCCGGGGGAGGGGACGAACGAGAUUGCGGGCGAGGAGAGCCAGUCAAAACGGAGACAGGACAGCUUCAGCAAGCUUGUGAAGGGAAAGGGACGAACAAAUCGAACCAGAAAUGCCUCUGCUCCCACCCGUCAGCUCAUUUUCACACGCAAGCGCCGCAGCAGCUCAACGGCUUGAUCGGCACCGCCGAGGACGGCCUCCUGUCUAGCCAGCACCGCAGCCGCGUUCAGAGCCACCUUCACCACCCCGUGCACAGACCGCCUGACGGCCAGAGAGGCCAGUCGGAGUACAGUGACAGCGCCGGGGAGGCCCGCGGAGGAGCACAGGAGAACUGCCACGCCGAUAGUAACCAUGGGACGUGUCCGCAGCGGAGCCGGUCGUCUUCAGACAACGGAAUCUGCGGCGUGCCGGCCGCCGCAAGGACUGAGCGGAGUCCCGGCAGCCCCGCGGUGGAGGAGCCGGGCAGCGCCCGAUGCCCAGAGGAUGGGGAACUGUCAUCCCCGGUGCGGGAAAUGGCUGGGCUUUGUUUGAACAGCACGCCCGAGGGAAAGCAGGAAGACCCUGCCAUUGAGUACGUGAGAUACGAGUCUGAGCUGCAGAUGGCGGACAUCAUGAGGCUGAUCACCAAGGACUUAUCGGAGCCCUACUCCAUUUACACUUAUAGGUACUUCAUUCACAAUUGGCCUCAACUCUGCUUCCUGGCAGUGGUGCAGCAGGAGUGCGUGGGGGCCAUCGUGUGCAAGCUGGACAUGCACAAGAAGGUGUUCCGGCGCGGCUACAUCGCCAUGCUGGCCGUGGACUCCAAAUACCGCAGGAAGGGCAUCGGUACCAAUCUGGUGAAGAAGGCCAUCUACGCCAUGGUAGACGGGGACUGUGACGAGGUGGUGCUGGAGACGGAGAUCACAAACAAGUCGGCCCUGAAGCUCUAUGAGAACCUGGGUUUUGUGAGGGACAAGCGGCUCUUCCGCUACUAUCUCAACGGGGUCGAUGCGUUGAGGCUCAAACUGUGGCUCCGCUAGCAGCCCCCCCGCCACCCACCCCCUCCCAAACUGACUCGCUUCAACCGCCUCCAGUCGGAGAGCCCUGCCUGGACAUGAAUUCAAGGAACAAGUUUUCUCUUAGCCAGGGUGGAGGAAGCCUGACUGACUGGAUACAAUCAACACAGGGCACAUGAGGACAGAGUAAAAUCUAUAAAUGAUUAAUAGUAUAUAUUAAGAGGUUUUUGAAUGAACUUACCCUGGCGUGUGACUUAUUUUACCCCAAAUAUGGAUGUUCUGUGGGAUGAGGGUGCCGAGAGGAGGGGUCUGUAUCCUUAGACUCCUCCCCCAAAAUCAGCAUCCUCUUCUCCCAGCGCCUGACUGCAUCAUGUGGCUGCCGGUUCAAACCGUCCAAUGGCAGAUCGAUGUGAGGGACCUCCCACUUUAUUUUUUUAUGAACGUAGUGGCACACAAGCUAGAAUGUGCGGUUAAAGAAAUGGUUGCAAAAAAACUAUUUGUGAAACAUUUUUAUCGCAUUACCCCCUCCAUUCUUUUAUUGGAAUGGAAGCAUUUUAGUGCGUGAAUUUAUAGGGGAUGCAGGGGCUUGGGUGUGUGUGUGUGUGCUUGCGUGGUGUUUUUGCAUGAAGGGAACAUUCUAGAACGGCAUUGUGUUCCUCAGGGGAGACUUGCUGUUCCCCUGGCAUAUAAAUGCUCAUUUCUGUUCAUUCUUUCAUACAGGCUUCACAAAAAGAAGUAUAUAUUAGAUAAUAUAUUUUUAAAAGCACAUUGAGACCUCUGGUUUGGUCAGGCUUAUAAACUCAUACACUCUUUAUUACUGCCAAUGAGGGAACCUUGCAAAGUGUUGCCCAGUGUGAGUUUAAGUGCCAAGAGAUUGUUUCAGAGGUGCUAUAAGGGGAUGCAAGUCUCCAAAUACAGUGUUUCAUGCUCUUCUGGUUGUUGGGUGGGGGUUGAAUAACAUCACUGUGUUCUUUACAGAUUGCUUUAAGUCCAAUCAUGCCCUCAGAUCCAUGUGAGUGGUACCCCCCCCCCCCCAUGCCUACAAGGUGUAUUUUUUUUUAAUUUAUUUUUUAUAGUCCCCCUCAGUGAAAACACCCUGUUUGUUUUGUGGAGAGGGACAUGCUGUUGGGUACAGUAGUAGAUGGGCUCAUCAGGACAGUGAGCGGUCGUCUUUUCCUUCAGUGUGUUACGGCAAUUUUAACAAUAUGGCUUUUGUUUCCACAAGAAGAAAUUGGUUUUCUCUUGUCUUUUUCAUACCCUUGCUUACUGAAGGUGUUUGAUGAUGUUAUUAUUUUUAUUUUUGCGGGGGGGAAGAGUCCAGCAUUGUAUUCCUAAUGCAUCUUACUUUGGUGGAGGGGGGGGAUAAUGCAUCCAUGGCUGCUUUUGAAGAUUUUAAGUUUUGUUUUCCCUGUUUCUUUUAAUUGAUCCUGGGUGAUGCGUUGAAGGGCAUCGUUUCGUGCUCCCUUCCCCCCUGGCUGUUGUCGGAGCUUGUGGCUGGACGGUGACAAAACUACCCUUUGUUCUUCUCUCGGUUCCUGUAACGGUCACCGCUUCAGUUGGUGUCUCCAUGUGUAGGUGUCAAGGUUGUUUUGCAGAUCCUUUCUAUACCACGAUCCCUUAAUUUGUAGUCGUCUUUGGUCGGUGGAGCUUGAUUUUAAUCCGCCAGAAGGUCCGGAAGAUUGAGCAUCGAGCCUCACUGUCCGACAGGCCAGGAGUGUCUGAUGCUAGCAGGGAGAAUCGGUGACCAAACAGCAGCUCCGCUCAGCUUAGUGGUGGAUUCCUUAUAGACCUCAGCAGCUGUUGCCAUAUCAGUUUUCUCAAAAUGCUCAGAAAUUAAGUGGUGAGUUGCGUUUUGGGCUAAUUCUGUUCAUCCCAGCAGCAUUAGCAGAGUGCCUGUUCUGCACGUGUUUGUUGGUUUACUGCCACAUGCGUUGAUCCGCCCUUCUAACUAGGUGUCAGUUCCGCUAUGGUUUGUGUACAGUGAAAUGUUUUUAGAACUUUUGAUUGAAGUUUUAGGUGGAAACAGGUUUUAUCGUGCCAUCAGGAUUCCCAAUGAAUAAGUCAAGAGUUUGUUGCAUGUAACCCCUGUCUAGUAUGUUUAUCAACGUGUGCACUUGGAGACCGAUUGAGAUUAUACUUGUUUAACUGACAACAGAGCUGCUCUGUGCGUAGAUUUUUGGCAUCUCCAUUCUUCACGUCAGUUUGGGAUGAGUUUUUCUUGGGUGUUUGGGUGGAAGGGCUUUUUUU